AUGACGGUGCUGUUUUACCUCUUCUCGAACACCUAUUCCCUUGUCGACGAAGACCUGGUCCAGAUUUUCCAGUCGCGUGAAAGCCAACAUUUCCUCCUGAGCCAAGAGGCUGUCAACAUCAUCAAUGCUUGCUAUCACAAGUGGACCGGCAAGAUGGACAUGGGCGUCACUGGGCAAGCGCUGAUCUGCUGCCUUGAGCUCUCUGCCCUUCUUGCUCUUUGGUGCAGGUUUUUAUGGCUGCUUUACUACGCGGUCUGCGUUGCCAGCAGCCGAAGUGGAAGGAAGUGGCUGGCAGUACAAGAAGCGGUGUGGGAGACAUUGCCGGAGCUGUGCUCUUUCAGUGCCAUGCGAGCCCUGCACUUCGUCACCCCGGCCGUCAUCAUGUCCGAUGCAACUCAGAGAAGGGCAGCUCUUGAAGGGGAAGCUCUGUGGACGAAGACGGCAGAGUGGGUGUGGCUCGUCCUGUCCCGCAUUGCGAUCCUCGUCUUCGGCCUUGAUGCACUGGUGCUGAAGUGUCGGGAGAACCAGCCUUGGUUCGAGGGGCGCAUCAGCUUGUACAAGUGCUGGCUGCUCUUGAUUUUCGUCAAACAGAUCUUGGGCAUCGUGCAGCUUGGCAUGUUUGUGAGGGAGCGCCUAUUCAUCUUUGUUUUCGGUGGUGAGGACAGUCAAAUGCAACCAAAAGAAAUUGCCCGGAAGGAUAUCUGGAAUUCCUUGCUGGCCAUGAAGAUUUUCGACAGAUUCGGCCUGUGGAGAUCGAUCGCUAUCAUGCUCAGCUUCGACGACAGGGACUUCCAGAGGUUGGUGCUCAACGAGCAAGCCACAGCUGGACAGUCACAGUCGGCAGAUGCUGAAGCAGGGGGCGCGAAAAUUGCCGCCAGCAGAUCCAGUGGAGAUGAGAGCAGUAACGACGAGAGUUUUUAUUGGUGCAGGCCGUGA